AUGCCCCGCCUCAAGCCCGGCGCAAACCAGGGCAAGAAGAAGUCCAGCGCGCCCAACACCCCGCCCUCAGAGGAAGCAGCAGCAGCAGCAGCAGCACAGGCAGAGGACAAGAAGCCACUCACCCCGCACGAGAUCAUUGGGGGCAAGUCGUGGACCGGGAAGCUCCCGCAGACGCUGUUCUACGAGCUGUGCAUCAAGAACGGGUGGCAGAAUCCCGAAUAUGUCAUUAGAAAAGAAGGCAACCUCGGCUUCAUCUCCACCGUCUACAUCCGGUGCAAAAACCCCAAGACCCUCGCCAUCGAAACACUGCACUUCCGCCCGCCCACCGAGCUCCCCAACGGCCUCCCGCUCGACCCCCCGCCGCACAAGCCCACGCAGCUCGAGGCCCGCCACUACACCGCAACCUACGCGCUGCACCGCGUCUCCAGCAUGCGCAACAUCCACCUGAUGCUGCCGCCGUCCCACCGCACCUACUGGGCCACCUUCGAUGACGUCAAGAAGGCAUGGUUCGAGAAGAAGCACGCAUGGAUGUACGAGGCCGACCCCUUCCUCACCAAGCGCGAGCACGACGCUGCGCUCGCAAAGGCUGCGCGCGUCGCUGCCGCCUCCGGCGGCACCCCCGGCGCAAGUCAGAAGUCGGAGCCGAAGCCACCGUCCCGCGGAUGGGACAAUGUCCCGGUCGUCGAUAUGUCGGCCGUCAACCGGCGUGCCGUGGAGUCGCUGGUGCGCCGGCACCACGUCUGGAACCCCGCGGGGAUCGUGAUGCCUGCUGCUGCGCGCGAUGCUGCUGUCGCCGAGCUGGCGGGGCUGGGGUUCAGGAAGGUGCAUGCUGAGGAGGCGUGCGGGUUUACGAAGGACCGCGAGGAGGCGCUGGAGUGGCUGCUGGUGCAUGUGCCGGAGGACGACCUGCCGGAGCGGUUCCUGCUCGGCAACUAUACGACGGGCGUGACGCUGCAGACGGACCUGGAGUAUCCGGCGAAGCGGCUGUGCGCGAACGGGUACAGCAUGGACCUGUGCCGGGACGUGCUGCUGCGGGUCGGCAGCGACGAGGCCCGCGCGGCGGAGGUGCUCAUGCAGAUCCUGCUGCACGGCGACGGCGAGGACAACUUGGGCGCGGACGGUGGCCCGCCGCAGGCGGAGGAGGAGGAGGAGGAGGAUCUCAUCUCGUUCGACGACCCGGUGGUGGACCUGUGGCGCGAGGAGCAGACGUCGCUGGAGGCCAUCUGGGCCGACCGCUACACCCGCAUCUCCGACACCCGCUUCCGCGUGCGCCUCGAGCUGCGCGAACACACAAAGUCGGUCAUCUCGCUCGACCUGCGCAAGCCCACGGCGCGCGGGCUCAACGGCGAGUACCCGCACACCAUCCCCGUGAUCUCGCUGCUCGAGGAGAAGAACGACGCCGCCGUGCCCGGCCUCCCCGCAUACAUCAAGCUCAGCAUCAUCCGGCAGACGGCCACCUUCGCCGAGAGCCUCCGCGGCGAGAUGAUGGUCUUCUCGCUCGUCGACUGGCUCGAGUCCGAGUUCGCCCGCAUCCUCGAGAACCCCGGCCGCCUUCGGGACGUCGCCGGCGCCGUGUCGGCCGGCGAGACUGGCCCAGAGCCAACCCUCCGCGUCGGCGGAAGCCGCCCAAAGAAGCGCCGGCCCAGACCGCCAAUCGACUGGACGCCCAACCACCCCGAGUCCAUGCGCCUCUUCGAGGCGCGCGCCGCGCGCUGGGAGACCCCCAUGCAGCAGAUGCGCAUCGAGGCGCGCAAGCGCCUCCCCGCCUGGAACCUGCAGGAGGACAUCAUCGCCGCCGUCGACGGCGCGCAGGUGACCAUCAUCUCCGGUGAGACGGGCAGCGGCAAGAGCACGCAGUCCGUGCAGUUCAUCCUCGACGACAUGAUCCUGCGCAAGCUUGGGCGCGCCGCCAACAUCAUCUGCACGCAGCCGCGGCGAAUCUCCGCCUUGGGCCUGGCAGACCGGGUCGCGGAGGAGCGCUGCGGGACUGUCGGCGACGAGAUUGGGUAUGCCAUUCGCGGCGAGUCAAGGCAGAAGCAGGGCGUCACGAAGAUCACGUUUGUGACGACGGGCGUGCUGCUGCGGCGGCUGCAGAUGGGCGAUAAGCUCGAGGACGUGUCGCAUGUUGUUGUCGACGAGGUGCACGAGCGGUCGCUCGACACGGACUUCCUGCUCAUCCUGCUGAAGCGCAUGCUGGCUGUGCGGCAGGACCUGCGCGUGGUGCUGAUGAGCGCCACGCUGGACGCAGACGUCUUUGCAGACUACUUUGGCGGGGCCGAGAAGGUGCGGCGCGUCGAGAUCCAGGGCCGCACGUACCCCGUGCAGGACUUCUAUCUCGACCAGGUCAUUGUCAAGACGCGCUUCGACGCCGGCGGCCGCAUGCUUCCGUCCGCGCAGGGAGGAGGCGGCGGCGGCGGCGGCGGCGGUGGCUCAAAGAACGCAGUCAGCGCAGAAGACCUCCGCGGCAUCGACCCGGGCGUUGGGAACAUCAUCCGCGGGCUCGGCGACCGCAUCAACUACAACCUGAUUGCCGCCACCGUCGCGCACAUCGACGAGGAGCUCGGCGUCGACGAUGGCGCGAUCCUUAUUUUCUUGCCUGGGACAAUGGAGAUCCAGCGCUGCAUCGACGCGAUCAAAUACGUCCCCGACGGCUCGUACCGCUUCCACGCCCUCCCGCUACACGCAUCGCUCCUCCCCGCCGAGCAGCGCCGCGUCUUCCACCCUCCUCCGCCCGGAAAACGAAAAGUCAUCGCCGCCACCAACGUCGCCGAGACAUCCAUCACCAUCGAGGACGUCGUGGCCGUCAUCGACACUGGCCGCGUCAAAGAAACCUCCUACGACCCAUCCAACAACCUCGUCAAGCUCCUCGAAACCUGGGCCUCCAAGGCCGCCUGCAAACAGCGGCGCGGCCGCGCCGGCCGUGUCGCCGCCGGCUCCUGUUACAAGCUGUACACGCGCAACGCCGAAUCCAAGAUGCCCGACCGCCCCGAGCCCGAGCUGCUGCGCGUCCCGCUGGAACAGACCUGUCUAGGCGUGAAACACAUGGGGGUCUCCGACGUGCAGUCCUUCCUCGGCUCCGCGCUCUCCCCGCCCGCCACCCUCGCCGUCGACGGCGCCCUGCACCUCCUGGAGCGCAUGGGCGCGCUGCGCGACGGGUCGCUCACAGCCCUCGGAAAGCACAUGGCCAUGAUACCGGCCGACCUGCGCUGCAGCAAGCUCAUGGUGUACGGCGCGACGUUCGGCUGCCUGGACGCCACGGUGGCGAUUGCUAGUAUUGUGACGACGCGGUCGCCGUUCGUGGCGCCGGCCGAGCACCGCGAGGCUGCGAAGGCCGCCCGCGCGGCGUUCGCGGGGUCGCCGGCGGCCGGCGACUUGGUUGCUGACCUGCGCGCGUUUGAGAAGUGGGCGGAGCUGCGGAGCAGUCUGGGGAUCCGCGAGCUGCGCAAGUGGUGCGACGAGAACUUCCUCAGCCACCACGCGCUGCUGGACAUCGCGUCGAACGGGCGGCAGUAUCUGGAUGCGCUGAAGGAGAUUGGGUUUCUGCCGCUCGGGUACGCGCCCGGGAUGGGGGCGGGGGGCGGGGGGUUUAAUCGGCAUGGCGGCAACACGGCGCUGCUGCGGGGGCUGGUGGCGGGCGCGUUUGUGCCGUGCGUUGCGCGGGUGGUGGUGCCCGAGACGCGGUUUGCGAGCCGCGCGGUGGGCGCGGUGGCGCUGGACCCCGAGGGGCGGAUGAUUAGGUUCUAUACGGAGGAUGCGGGGAGGGUGUUUGUGCACCCCGGCAGCACGAUGUUUGCGGUGACGGCGUGGGAGAGGGAUCAGUUCUUGGGGUUCUGCACGAAGAUGGGCACGGGUGGGGCCGAGGGGAAGGUGUAUUUGAGGGAGUGUACCCCAAUCAACGCCUACUCGCUCCUCCUCUUUGGCGGCGACCUCGCCGUCGACACCAUGGGCCGCGGCAUCACCGUCGAUGGCUGGCUGCGGCUGCGCGGGUGGGGCCGCAUCGGCACGCUGGUGGCGCAGCUAAGGGGUAUGCUGGAGAGGGUGCUGGAGCGCAAGAUUGAGGAGCCGGAGAUGGACCUGGGCGAUAACGAGGUGGUGGGCGUGGCGAGGGGACUGCUGCAGGGGAAUGGCAUGUAG